GAGCCGAAAGGCUUUAUAGUUUGAUAUUAGACCCCUCAGCUUCCAUAUAAUUAACCCUAUCUAAAUCCCUCCUCCUCUGCUUAAGUGUAAACAAAUUCAUCAUUACCAAUAUCCUAUCACCCUCAAUACGCAUCACUCAUCAUCGUCAGAGAUAUAUUCGUCUCUCCUCGGUCUCAAUCUCUUUUUAAUGGAGGCCUCACAACCAACAAAUUCUCCCAAAACCCUUUACCACCAACACCACCACAACAACAACAUUCAAGCCACCGCAGUUUCAUCAUCAUCAUCACUACCCAUGAACAACAACAACUCCUCCCAAUUCCAUGCAGACCACAAAUCCAAGGCAAGCAAGCGCUUUCUGCCCCUUUUGCUUGUAAACUAUUUCUGUCUAUUUGUGGGUUCGGUCUCUUCAACCUUGCUCUCAAAGUUCUAUUUCACCCACAAAGGCUCGAGCAGAUGGCUCUCCACAUGGGUUCAAUCCGCUGGGUUUCCUCUCCUUGUUAUUCCCAUUUACCUCCCUUAUCUUCUCAAAUGCACAGACAGACGACCCUUCGCUCAAUUCUCUCCAAAGAUGUUAAUCUUAUCCAUCUUAAUAGGCCUCAUGUUAGGCCUAAACAACCUCCUCUUCUCCUGGGGAAAUUCUUAUCUCCCCGUCUCCACCUCAUCUCUCCUGCUCUCCUCCCAGUUGAUUUUCAAUCUCAUACUCUCCGUUAUCAUUGUCAAGCAAAAGAUCACAUUCUCAAAUCUCAACUGUGUGAUUCUUCUAACCCUCAGCUCCGUUCUCUUAGCCUUGGCUUCCAACCAUGAAAAACCAACCGGUCUAACACGCGGCAAAUAUUUUAUAGGCUUCUUUUCUACAAUAGGCGCCGGGUUACUAUUUGCUCUCUAUCUCCCUGUCAUGGAGAUGAUUUACAAGAAGGUUUACUGCUACCAGAUGGUGAUGGAAAUGCAGCUCGUGAUGGAGGUCGCCGCCACGGCGUUGGCGAGUAUCGGGAUGGCGAUGGACGGCGGAAUUUCAAAAAUAAAAAUGGAAAGCCAGCGAUUGUUCGACGGGGAACCGACGGUGUAUUGGGUGACGGUGUUUUUCAACGUAGUCACUUGGCAGUUGUGCUUUAUGGGCACCGCAGGCAUGGUGUUCUUGACUUCCUCUUUAACCGGAGGGGUUUGCAUGACAGCUUUGAUGGCCAUGAACGUGUUGGGAGGGGUGUUGGUGUACAGGGAUGAGUUUAGCGGUGAGAAGGGGGUGUCCACUGUGCUUUGCGCUUGGGGGUUUUCUUCGUAUGUGUAUGGUUUGUACGUUAAGAUGAAGGAGGAGAAAGCGAAGGAGAAAAGUAAUCAAGGGAUGGAGAUGGUUCAUGUGGUUAAUGAUAGCGUUUGAUAAUAAAAGCAUGAUUGGAGAGACGACGACGACUAUGCGGCCAGUUCAAGCAUAUCAAUGUAUGACCGAUGGUAUUGGAGAUAUGAAAGCUUAGCUUGAAAUUAUUACCAUGAUAAUUGAUAAACAUAUAUCGCUGUCAAUGUAAAUUAUCAUUAUCAUCAUCUCAUCCGGCCAGUAGUUAAACGAGUGAUCGAUCAAAAAAGAAACUAGAUAUACAUAAAUUAAUUAAGCAUAAUUAAGGUG